AUGAACUUCGUUUCUGGAUUUUUCAGUGGCUUUGCCCUUACCACUUCCGUCCUUUACAUCACCAUCACAGUCCACCGCGCAACGAGGCUCGAACAGCGCCGACAGAUCCGCGAGCAGGUUGAUCAAAUAAACUGGCUCGCCGCUUCUGCUGGCGCAUAUGACCGCCGAUUCUUCCCAGAACAUAAACCUCGGAGCCUUGAAGAGAAGAAAUCCCAGAAAGAAGACCAGAUCACGAUCAAAGAUGUUCUGAAGCACAGGUGGAACCAGGAAGUUGGGAACUUUGCCCGCAAUGUACACGGGAAUCGCUGGGAAAGUGUGAAGGAGGCGGCCUGUCGGGGGUGGGAAGAUAUUACGCGCUGGGUAAAGAAGGAUUGA